AUGCUGAUUAUUCGAGGCGCCGGAGACUUCCGGUUGGCCUUCGAUCGGAAACAUCUGACGUNUAUAAUAUCAUUUUUAGCAAGUUCAUUCUCGAAAUGCAAAAGAAAUGACCCAAAAUUAAACGAAUGUCUACAAGUGAAUGUCAUUGAUGCUAUUAAACAAUUGGCAAAUGGAAAUUCUGAAUUAGGGUUACCGUCUUUAGAACCUUUGCGAAUACCUCAGAUGAAUUUUGGCGAAAGUUCAGGACCGGUGUCCAUAAAACAGGAUUUGAAAAAUAUUGAGUUACAUGGCCUUACGAAUUCAAAAAUUCUGAAAUAUGUCGCAACUUUAGACAAAUAUCAACUGUAUACGGAAUCGGUAUCGCCAGAAUUGAGAUUAGAGGCCGAUUAUGUGGCCAGUGGCAGGGUUCUCGUUUUACCCAUACAAGGGAAAGGACGUUGUAAUUUUACAAUGUAUAACGUAAAAACGGUGCACACGUUACAUGGGGAGCCGAUUCAGAAGAAAGGAAAGGAUUAUAUGAGAUUAAAAGAGUACAAAAUUGAAUUAUAUCCCGAACUUGUGAAAUUUCACUUCGACAAUUUGUUUAACGGCGACGAACGACUGGGCAACGAAUUGAACAAAGUCCUGAAUGAAAAUUGGGAGCAAGUUUUUGGGGACUUAAAAAGCGGCUACGAACAAUCUUUUGGAUUGGUUUUGAGGGAGAUAGCGAAUCGUUUGUUCACUAAGGUUCCUUUGAAAGAUAUAUUUGUAGAUUAAAACGAACACAAGCUUUAACAUUUUUAGAUAAUAAGUAGAUCCAUUUUACUAUUUUUUAUAUGUACCUAUAAUGUAAAAAAGUUUUUGUAUAUUAUUAUUUUAUAAAAAGAAAAGAGAAAAAAUUAAUAUUACGUAUACAAAACGCCUUUUUUUAUUUUUGUAAUAGGCGCAGAAUAAAUAGGCAAAGGGGAUUAAAUAAAAAAUAAUUUAUUUUUCGUCAUCGCACAAUAUUAACAACAUUAGGUAUAAAAUAUUUUAUAAGUGGUAUGUCUUACAAAUGUGUCAAUUGACGUAGUUUGUUACAAAAAAAAGAGACAAACGGAAUCCCUUUUUUUUGGUUUCGAUUGUUUAUCAACAAUACACUUAGUAAGCCGCU